AUGGCGUCUACCCCUUUCCGUUUCUUAGAUCUCCCUGCCGAACUUAGAAUUUCUAUUUAUGAUCUCGUUCUCUGUACUUUGUCGCCUCCCGAGCCAAGAUUGACUAGAGUGAAUCAGGACCUUGAGUCCUAUACUCCUUUCGUUCCACUCUUAGGACAUUACAAGUUCGACACUGCACUCCUCCUCGUUAACCGACAAAUCUCACAUGAGGCUACUGAUGUCAUGCUAAAGUACCACCUCUUCAUCCGCGUGGUCACUUAUGGCGUUAACUUAUGCCACCUCCUAUCUGUCUGGGAGAUCCCUAUCGUAACUAUCGGCAAAGCAAGUGUCAGAAAUUUCAAAGGCUUCGUCAUGAACUACUCUAUCAAGACCCGAGAUGCUAGCCCAGUUCCAAAGAACCACUUAAUUCUUCUUCAGAAGGAUUUCCCGUUGUUCUGCAAAGCGCUCAACUGGCUCGAACCUUCCCCCGAAAGUUUUGAUCAUCGCGCUGUUCUUUACAACCCGUUCAAAAACACAAGGUCCUCUGGUUACUUAGGUAUUGCAAAGCAAACUCUCCUCGUCCAACCUUACCGAGAUUACCUCACCAGAAUUGAAUCAUUUAAGCUUGAAGGCAAUAUAUGCCAGAAAUUAGCUAGGGAUGUCACGGAACGUGUCAAACGAGAUUCCCUCCUCGAAGCGCGGCCGUUAUUAGAGGCUCUCAACAAUGUCAAAACCUAUGGAGACGAAUUCUACGAUGACGGCGAUUAUAUUAUGGCUUUGAAGACCUGGAAACGGUCCACCAUGCAGAUGAUCGGUCUUGCUGGCAGUCCUAUAUGGCAGCGAACAAAAGCCGCGAGCGAUCCUAGUGAUGGAAUACCUUAUCAUAUCGCCGACAUAGUAUUCUACUUGCAUCUAAAUCAAGUAGCCGGCAUCAUAGUCGUCAUGCAAAUAUUGAAAAUCGAGGGUAAAUUGGACCAAGCUCGGAAGUGUUGGCCAAUUCUGCUUGAGGCACUAAGCGGAUCGUUCUUUGCGGUUGCAAAACUAGGGACAGAUUGGGAACCUCUACCCGUUCACUGCAGUGAGAGAUUCUUCCGCCUCGCAACGGCGUACCGUAUCCUAGAAUGUAAUUCGGUGAUUGCCAGGGACUACAUUAGGAUUGCAGAGCUCUAUUUACCUGGAAAUCCAGACAUCCUGGCUGAGAAAGCGAGAAUUGAGGCGUGGAUAGCAGAGCUAGCAGAGCUAGCAGAGCUAGAGGAGCUUGAGGAGCUUGAGACAUAA